UCUACGCGUUGAGCUGUGUGCGCGUUUAUAGCUCAGCUCUGUCCUGUCCUCUGUCCUCUGCACCGUUCUCCGCACUCCACUCCCCUCCUCUGCAACCAGCGCCCGCCGAGAUCUCGCCAUUGCGCCGGAGAUGCGAUGAUCCGAGCCGCGCUACUCCUGCUCGCCCUCCUCUCCGCCGCCGCCGGUGCCGGCGGCGCCGCGGCGCUGGACUUCUCCGGCGACGGCGGGGGCGAGGAAGCGGCCCGGACGGCGGCGGUGGAGCUGGAUCCAUCCUGGCACUUCCCGAGCCGCAACAUCCGGGACGCCUACAUCGCGCUGCAGACCUGGAAGCGCUACGCCAUCUUCUCCGACCCGCACGACCUCACCGCCGACUGGGCGGGCCCGGCGGUCUGCAACUACACGGGCGUCUACUGCGCGCCGCUCCCCACCUCCCCGGCGGUCCUCGCCGUCGCCGGCCUCGACCUCAACCACGGCGACAUCGCGGGGUACCUGCCGCCCGAGCUCGGCCUGCUCGCCGACCUCGCGCUGCUCCACCUCAACUCCAACCGCCUCUGCGGCGUGCUCCCGCGCGCGCUGCGCCGCCUCCGCCUCCUCCACGAGCUCGACCUCAGCAACAACCGCCUCGUCGGCAAGUUCCCCGACGUCGUCCUCGACCUCCCCUCCCUCCGCUUCCUCGACCUCCGCUUCAACGAGUUCGAGGGCGCCGUGCCGCCGGCCCUCUUCGACCGCCCGCUCGACGCCAUCUUCCUCAACCACAACCGCUUCCGCUUCCGGAUCCCCGACAACGUCGGCAACUCGCCCGCCUCCGCGCUCGUCCUCGCGCACAACGACUUCGCCGGAUGCCUCCCAGCCAGCGUCGCCAACAUGUCUGCCACCCUCAACGAGCUCCUCCUCAUCAAUACCGGGCUCAGCUCCUGCCUCCCGCCCGAGAUCGGGCGUCUGCGGGAGCUCACCGUGCUUGAUGUCAGCUUUAACCGGAUCGCUGGCCCGCUGCCGCGGGAGGUGGCCGGGCUCAGGAAGCUGGAGCAGCUCGACGUCGCGCACAACCUGCUCUCCGGCCCCAUCCCGCAGGCCGUGUGCGCCCUGCCGCGCCUCAAGAACUUCACAUUCGCCUACAACUUCUUCACCGCCGAGCCGCCCGCCUGCGCGCGCGUCGUGCCACGGGACAGCGACCGGGACAACUGUCUGCCCAACCGCCCUGCCCAGCGGGCACCGCAGCAGUGCGCCGCCUUCUUCGCCCGCCCGCCUGCCAACUGUGCGGCGUUCCAGUGCAAGCCGUUCGUCCCGGCCUCGCCGCCACCGCCAUCCCCGCCCCCGCCUUCUCCACCGCCGCCAUCGCCUCCUCCACCCUCACCGUCCCCACCGCCACCUUCUCCACCACCACCAUCACCACCCCCGCCCUCACCACCCCCGCAUUCACCACCGCCGCCAAAGCCAGUCCACCAUCCACCGCCACCGCCAAAGCCAGUCCACCACCCGCCGCCGCCCCCUCCUGCCCCGCAUCCGCAUCCGUCAUGCCCACCCCCGCCACCCUGUGCCUGUCCACCACCACCACCCUAUUACCCCGGCCCACUGCCACCAGUCUCACAUGCUUCAUAUGGAUCACCACCACCGCCACCCUAUAAUCCCGACCCAUGGCCACCAGUUACCUGGGCAGAAUAUGGAUCACCGCCACCGCCUCUACGGCAGUGAUGGAUUCAUUCUUUCAGGAGAACAUCUCUGAAGGAAUACAUGGUUUUGCUCUCGCGGCGAUGGAUACCAAGUUCAGCAACCAAUUUACGUGGUCAUUGUCAUGCUUAGCUGCUAGUGUUCUUGAUUGAUGGCUACCGAGUCGCAAGGUGCGCAAAACUUUUCUCCACUAUGAUUUAUCGGUGUCGCCUCUGCGCCUGGAGACAGUUUCUGUUGUGGUGUUGAAAGGGAUUGGAGUUUGAAGAUUGGGCUACAGAUUGAUGGCCGAUUGGGUUGUGAAUAAUAAGAGUUUGAGAGGGACAGGAGAGGAUUUGGGAGUGGAUUUGUAGGUGCAGAGCAGGGAUACAUGUGAGAUGUAUAGAGAAGAAGCAUAAGUUCAGUUCAGUUUAGUUAAAUUCAGUCAGGCAUAAGUUAAGUUUAGAACAAGAAACAUCCGAGUGUCAUUUCUUCGUUCUGUAUCCCAGUUACUUCUGGUUACUCAAUUCUUAUAUUAUUUAGUCAGCAUUUUUUGAA